GCCCCGCUCCGGCGCUGACUUCAGGUCCCCGGCGGCCGCCGUAGCCGGAACUGUUUAGAGCGCGGCGGCCAGGGUGUGGGAGGGCGAGCGGCGGCAGCACCGGCGCCCUCAGCCCUGUCAGCCGCACUCCGGUCCACGGAAAAGACGUGCGAAGGGAACGGUGCUCGGCGACCGCAUCCAACACACAACCAGCAGCCCGGCGUCGCGGCCUCGCCGCAGCCGGAGCUGCCCGGCCCGGUUGGUUCUGCGGGCGCCCGCGGAGGCCCGGGAUCCGGGAUCCAGGCUGCCGGGAGGCGUGGAUGAAAAAGGAUGACAGUGAAGUUGGGCGACGCCGGCAGCGGGGAGGAAGGGCUCAAGAAGCUGGGCAAGCGGACGGCCGAUGAGGAGUCGCUGGACGGAGAGGGGCCCGGCGGCGCGGACGCGGCGGAGGACAGCAGCAGCACAAAGAGGGACGGGCAGACCCCUCGGGCCUCCGGAGCCCCAGCACCACCCAGAGGGUUACCAGCGCCGUCCCCACCGCAGGGUAGUCCCCAAGACCAGCACCACUUCCUCAGGUCCAGCGUGCGACCACAGAGCAAGAGGCCCAGGAAGGACGCGCCCUGCGCUGUGGGUAGUGGUGGUGCCAGCGGUUCCGGGCCGCGCGGAAAAGGAGGUGACGGUGGCGCAUCAUCUUCUGGAAACAUAUCUGUGGUUGCUCCUGCCACCCCUGCAGGAGGUUCGCGCUCCUCUUCCCGGAACUUAGGCUCUUCAGGGCCUGAGAAGGAAGAAGGAAAGAAGGUCCGGAGGCAGUGGGAGUCGUGGAGCACAGAGGACAAGAAUACCUUCUUUGAAGGCCUCUAUGAGCAUGGAAAAGACUUUGAAGCCAUUCAGAACAAUAUUGCUCUAAAAUACAAGAAAAAGGGCAAACCUGCAAGCAUGGUGAAGAACAAAGAGCAGGUCCGGCAUUUCUACUACCGCACCUGGCACAAGAUUACCAAGUACAUUGACUUUGACAAUGUGUUCUCUCGAGGGCUAAAGAAAUCAUCCCAGGAACUCUAUGGUCUUAUCUGCUACGGAGAGCUACGAAAGAAGAUCGGGGGUUGCAUGGAUGACAAGAAUGCAACCAAGUUGAAUGAACUCAUUCAGGUUGGCGCCACCACAGUUCGUUAUAAAGGGAGAAAUCUCCGGAUCAAGGCACCCAUGUGUCGGGCCCUAAAGAAACUCUGCGAUCCCGACGGUCUAAGUGAUGAAGAGGACCAGAAGCCAGUGCGCUUACCCCUGAAAGUCCCUGUAGAACUACAACCACGGAACAACCACGCCUGGGCACGAGUACAGAGCCUGGCCCAGAACCCACGUCUCAGGAUGAUUGUGGAGCUACAUCGAAAAGUCUCUAGCCUCAUUGAAUUCUUGAAGCAGAAGUGGGCACUCCAUGAAGUACGAAUUCGGAAGACACUUGAGGAGAGGCAGCUGCAGGGCUCGAGCACAGCACAGACCCAGGAGAAGGUGGCACUGCACUUGUUCCCAGGCGAGAACUGUACGCUGACACCACUGCCGGGUGUGGCCCGUGUGGUACACUCCAAGGCCUUCUGCACUGUACACUGGCAAGAGGGUGGCCGGUGCAAGCAGGGUACCAAGGACACGCACUCGCUGCCUCCAGCCCAGAUCCUGGGCAUCCAGAGUGGUCAGGGAAUAGCCCGGGGCCAGGUGAAGUGCCAGAGGGGCAGUGCUGAAGCCAAGGGUGGGGGGCGGCUCCUUCCUAAUGCAGAUGCUUCACAGAGUUCAGGGGAGAGUUCCCCUGAGAGUGCUCCUGGAGAGGGGACAGCUCCAAGUAUGAACAGCUCAGAUGCCCCUGACAGGCCUCCUCAUGGGCACCAGGACUCUGGCCCACAGCUUGAGAAGACCUCACUAGCAGCCCUUGCUGUGGGUGGGGAGAGCCCCAUUCAAGAAUCUAGGGCCCUGCCAUGUUCGUGUGGCCAGCCCCCAGACUUGGAAGAUGAACUCUCACUCCUUGACCCCUUUCCCCGAUACCUGAAGUCUUGCCAGGAUCUCAUCAUCCCGGAGCAGUGCCACUGUGCAGACACACAGUCUGGGAGAGAGCACCCUCUUCUUGGUAUGGUUGCUUCCCCAGAAGCGCUCAUGCCCAGCAGCAGAGAGGUUGCAGACAACAGUACCCCUGGCCCGGACCCUCAAACUGGCACCGAUCCUCAACUUGACCCCAGGCUUCUGCCAGAUAUUUGUACUAAAGAGCUGGCAGAUGUAUCUCCUGAAGAGUCCCAGGAGAAAGGGAGCCCCUCAGAACCUCUGUUGUCUCAGGGACAGCCUGCUGCCAGGCCUUCAAAGGAAGUCCCUGCCAGCCAACUGGCCCAACAGCUGCGUGAAGAGGGCUGGAACUUGCAGACCUCUGAGAGCCUCACGCUGGCUGAAGUCUACCUCAUGAUGGGCAAGCCAAGCAAGAUGCAGCUAGAGUAUGACUGGCUGGCUGUGCUGGGCCCUGAGAGCCAGGUGCCCACAGCACAGGGUCAGACUGCCCUACCCCGUUCUCCGCCUUCAGCCCUCCACCAGCAGCGCCUCCUGAACUGCCUCUUGAGGCUCAUCUCCACUGAGGUCCACCCCAAGAUGGCUUUUGAAGCAAACACAGCAUCAACAGCCUCAGUCAGGCCCACCCAGGAGGAACAGUCCACAUCCCCCCCAGGAAAGGUAGUGACCAUCAGCUCUCGGAGUCCCCGCUGCUCUCGAAACCCAUCUGCCCUCCGAAGCAGCAAGACUUUCCCAUCUGGUUCUGCACCUUGUUCCCCAGGCUUAAGGAAUCCCCCAAGACCUCUCUUGGUAGCUGGUUCCUCCAGCGCAGGAAGCGGUGACUCAGAUGGUGGCCUCUUUGCUGUACCAACAACUUUGCCUCCCAAUAGUCGACAUGGAAAGCUCUUCUCUCCCAGUAAGGAGGCGGAACUGACUUUUAGGCAGCACCUGGACUCCAUCAGCAUACAGUCAGACUUCUUCUCACCAAAGCCCAAGAAACUACGCAAACGGCACUUACGAAAGCCACUGGUGGUCCAGAGGACGCUGCUCCCUAGACCUUCUGAAAACCAGUCCCACAAUGUGUGCUCCUUCUCCAUCCUGUCUAAUUCUCCUAUAGCUGGGAGAGGCUGGUUCCGGCCCAUCCAGUCUUCUCUGACCAAAGCAGCUCUGUCUCGACCGAUAGUGCCCAAGGUCCUCCCAUCUCAGGCCACUAGUCACCUGCCCAGUGCCAUCGACUUAGCAGCUCAAAGUGCUGGCAUCAUCCCUGGAAGUCCCUUGCCAGUUUUAGAUACUGAUGGUUCAUCUGGCAUCUCUCCACUGACUUCAGAACAAGUAACCACUGCCAUCUCGGGGCAGGGUGACACUGGACCACACCAGAACAGAGAGCCUGUUACUUCCGUAACGGGUACUAGUGACCCAUUUAUCAGCGUUCCAAGACCAGAGCAGGAGCCAAUGACAGACAGUUUCCAGAGAUCAUCUGUUCUAUCCUUACCUGAGCUGCCCAAGACUCAUCUCCAGAAUGGCCUUUCCACACCUUUACCCUCAUCGGAGAGCCCCAGCACCCGGCUCUCCCCACCCAAUGUUUCUGCACUACUGGACAUAUCCCUACCUGGCCCACCUGAGGAUGUUCUCUCACAGGGAGAACCUGCCACACAGAUCAGUGACUCCAUCAUUGAGAUUGCCAUCAGCUCUGGCCAGUACGGUGAAGGAGUCCCUCUUUCUCCAGCAAAACUAAAUGGCAGUGACAGUUCCAAGAGUCUUCCCUCCCCAUCCAGCAGCCCCCAGCCCAACUGGAUUGCCUCUCCCACUCAUGACCCACAGUGGUACCCCAGUGACUCCACAGAUUCCUCGCUCAGCAGCUUGUUUGCCAGCUUCAUAUCCCCAGAGAAGAGCAAGAAGAUGAUGCUGCCAACUACUGCUGUUGGGGCCAACAGUGGCACAUCUUUGCUUGGCCCUAGCUUGUUGGAUGGAAAUUCAAGGGACUCUUUUGUGUCCAGGUCUCUUGCUGAUGUUGCAGAAGUGGUAGAUUCCCAGCUGGUGUGCAUGAUGAAUGAGAACAGCAUUGACUACAUAUCUCGAUUUAAUGACCUGGCACAAGAAUUGUCCAUUAAUGAACCUGGCCGACGAGAGGUUCUUUUUGAUGGUGGAGGAGGUGGUAAUCCUGUUGGUGACCUCUCUCAAUGACGGUGCCUUGUGACACGGGCAUCCUGGAAUCCACAAGGGAAGUCUGCGGGGCUGGCCCAUGAAACUGUCUUCACAGUAGGGAGAGUCAAGCCCAGAAUCGCCAGAAGUCCGUGAACCAGAGCACCUCCAACAGCAUACGAUAUGCAGCCCAUAGGAGCAACUGAGCAUGGCCUGUCCCAGCAAGCAAGGACAGUACCGUGCACCGAGACCAGGACAAGCUCUGAGAAGGGUAGACAUCAGAAAUUCUUUGAGUAUCAGUCCUUCCUCAAUCCUGCAGGCUGUGUGACAAUCCCACCUGUGUAUCUGCAUGUGAAGCCUUCUAGAGGGUCUCCUUCUUGCAAGAGACGUGCCUGGUGUUCCUUUUGUCUUGGGAGCUGUUAUCCUGUGUUCAGGAAGACCACAGCCACUGCUGCUUUCUUUCUGAUAUCCUUUCCCUACUUGGCUGUUGUGUUUGUAGUGAUGCUACAAGGGAUAGUGAGCAUGAAUCAGGCUCUUUCUUGGUGGUAUCUACAAGCUAAUACACUUCCUGGAUGCCUUGACCAUGAAGCAGAGAAGGGUCCCAGAGUCAUGUAGCUAGCAGAUGUUUGGUUCUUCCUGUCAUAAAAGGGCAGGGGGAGUAUGUCUUGCAGGUUGUAUGGAUGUUUUAUACUAUCCUACAAAGCUGGUUGGAAAUGGUUUUCUUGUGGUUUAAGAAUAGGAGACAUGGCCAGACAGCGGUGAUGCAUACCUUUAAUCCCAGCACUCAGGAGGCUGAGGCAGGCAGAUCUCUGUGAGUUCGAGGUGAACCUAGUCUAUAGAGCUAGUUCCAGGACUCCUAGGUCUAUUACAUAGAGAAACCCUGUCUCGAAAAACAAAACAAAACAGAACAAAAAGAAGUAGACGUGAACAAGGAAUAUUAAGAGUCCUCUUUCUAGGUGGCUUUGUUCUCUUCCUGUGCUUGAUGCUUAAUGUCAGUUCUUUCUAGGUGAACUAAGAUACCAUUCUACUUGCCUGCCCCAACCCCCCUACAAUACACUGCUGUGUCUAUAAAGCUUUUAUGUGUGCCCUAAUUUUUUAUGUAUUAUUGCUGGUGUCUGAAGGGUAUAUUUACCCCAGGCUGCCUCUCUUCCUAUUCUGGAACUCAAGCAGGGUUCACAUGUCAGAGUAUGUUAAGAGCUCACCACUUGGUGGUGUUUUAACAGCUCUUUUCUGGACCCCAUGAUGGUCAGCAAUCAUGAUUGAGGCCAUCCUGCUUAGAAUGGCGCCAACAAGAGCUUUGCACUCUGUAGAUCCUUGCAGCACAGUCACUCUCCUGGCCCCAGUGUGUUCAGGGUGAACAGGUGACGCGUGCAGUGCCCUCUCACCAAUCCCUCUCCACACAGCAGCCAGGACUAACAGGUCCUUUUCUUCUCUUUUCUUUCCUUUGCUUUUGGCAGGGUUUUUCUGUAUAGUCCUGGCUGUCUGUUGUGUAACUCAAUCUGUAGACCAGGCUGGCCUGGAACUCAGAGAUCUGCCUCCCAAGUGCUGGGGUUAAAGGCGUGCGCCACCAAACUUGGCUUGACAGUCCCUGACUCCUGAAACUGCCACCUCUGCUCUCUACCUGUUCUCUCCUUCCUUGUAGAGUAGUCCUUGAGACCUUCCUAGGCCCUUGCUUCUCUCUGUCUGCAGUGAGGAAAGGGAUGGGAACUUCCCUUGAUCCAAUUGUCUCAUCAGCUACUACAAACCCUAGAAUGCAGACUCCACUGCAAGAACUGAGAGGAUACUGGUUCUUGACAGCAAAUUCCUUUACUUCCUCGCCUCCUCCUGUCACUGGUACCUGUAAAGGAUCUGCCCCAGAUCCUCACAUGUAUCCCUAGGUCUGGGAAGUCUAAAACUCUUAGAAGAUGAGAAGAGCAGUGAACAGUGCUGUUAGGAAAGACUGGUGAAGUCCCUAGUGUGUAUCUUUACCCAAUUGUGUGCUUUCAGCAUUCCUUUACUUAGCUGAAAGUGUUUAGAUCUUGGGACUCUAGCAUGAUUAGGAUACUAGACUCAGCCUAGAUCAUUGCUAAUUGCCCUUUCACUAUUCCAAGCAGACUUUCCCACGUUAAGAAUGGGUGCUCGUAGCAUCCUGUUAACUGAGCAUAUAGCACUAGGCAUUUGGGUUCCUGGGCUGAUUCCCAUCAGGCAAUGAAUGCCUUGAGGCACAUGUAAGUCUGUGAUCUCUAAAAGGAGCUGAGACUGCUUUACUUUACUGCUUUACUACAAGGAACCUGAUAGGAUUCCAGGAGAGUCUACUGCUUCUUUAACAGCCAGACAGACAUAUUUGCUCAUCAUUACCAUAUUAAAGGUAUUAAUAGUGGCAUUUGUAGUAGAGAAUCAGUGGGUAUAACUUCUCACAACUUAAUCAAAUAUCCACACAUAAAUCUGGAAACUGCUAAAGGUUGGAGAUUUGUAAAAAACAGCAAGAAAGCCUCCUUUCUGCAUCUUUCUCUGCCUUUCCAUCAGUUUUGAUGGCUUCUGUUCACCUAGGGCUUCCUUUGUGCAUUGGAACUUAGUGUGAUAUACAUGAGAUCACCCCUAUCCCCAGACGGGGGUUCUCUGUGUAAUCCUGACUGUUCUCGAACUCAAGGAGAUCCGCCAGCCUCUGCCUCCUAUGUGCUGGGAUUAAAGGUGUGUGCUACCACCACCAGGCUAAGAAAAUUUUCUGUUAAUACUAAUGUCUUAGACUUUUUGUUGAUUUGUCUUUUCAAAAAGAUUGAGAUCCAGUAUCUCUGGUGCUUGGCAUGGAUUAUUCCCUAGAAAAGAUGCUCAGGCAAGUUGAAGUUCAUAUAUCCUGUAGAGGCAUAGUACUUGCUCAGGGAGUAUGACUUUGGGGACAUUUCAUCUGUUGGUCAACUUUUUUUCCCACCUUGUUCUUUUUUCAUUUCUUGUAGCCUCACUGCUAGGGGAAGUCUCAUACAGUUAAAUAGCAUUUUUAACCAUUAUUAGAAAUGGUCAUAACAAGCUUAGAGGGAAAUUGUUUUAUGUACUUUUUAAAACAUCUGCCAAAUGCAUUCAUGAGGAAAUACCGUACUUUGUCUCUAAUUUAAAAAAAAAAAAAAGGAAAAUUUAAUUUGAAAAAAGAAAACCACAGUAUACCGUUCCAAGAGGAUAGCCUGACGAGGUCAGUCCAGUUUUGGAAGUGCUGUACCAGCCAACCCUUACUUGUUAGUAAGAUUGCAGGCGGGACUCAGUGCUGUUUGCUUUGAUAAUCGUUAAGCCAUAUCAUCUGAGGUUUCCGGCUUGAGAUGUGAAUUUGUUUUAUAAACUAUAAAUAUACAGUGUAUGUAUAAAGCAGAAUGCCUGUCCUUCUGAUUAUUUUUUGUACCAUAUUGUAAAUUACAUUAUUUAUUCUUUACCAAUUUUUUGGGAAUAAAAGGUGUUUUGGUUAUUUAAUAUAAUAAACAAAAACUGUUAAACUUCAGCUAAAAUUUCCAGUUCAGCUUGUAAAUGUUUUUAUUGUGCAUAAAUACAUACUAAUACUUGA